UGUGCCCGGCUCCCUCAUGCGGUGGUCGGUUGGCUCUGAGCUCCAUACACACCGGACUUCGCGCCAUGCGGCGUGUGCCCAGCCCUCUCCACUGACAGCUCUCCCUCCCGGCCGGCAUGGAAGUUAGCGGGCAGUGAGUGCCAUGGCAGAGGGGCUGGAGGGGGGCUGCGAGCUGUGCCCGGAGAAUGGCCGCGGCAGGGAGCGGAGGAGCGGGGUCACUGAGCUCAGCCUGCUGGAGGCAGCCAAGGCGGCCCCCCGGAGAAGCAGCAUCAUCAAGGAUCCUGCUAAUCAAAAACCCGGAAGAAAGAAAACUGUGUCUUUUAGUAGCAUGCCAUCGGAGAAGAAAAUUAGCAGUGCCAGUGAUUGUAUCAGUUUCAUGCAAGGUGGUUGCGAACUAAAGAAAGUGAGGCCAAACUCCCGCAUCUAUAGUCGCUUUUUUACCCUAGACACUGAUUUGCAAGCUCUUCGUUGGGAACCCUCAAAAAAAGACCCUGAAAAGGCAAAGCUGGACAUUUCUGCCAUUAAAGAAAUACGACUUGGAAAAAACACAGAAACAUUCAGGAACAAUGGGUUGGCUGACCAAAUCUGUGAGGACAGUGCUUUCUCAGUCAUUCAUGGGGAGAACUAUGAGUCUUUAGACCUGGUGGCAAACUCUGCUGACGUAGCCAAUAUUUGGGUGUCAGGUCUAAGAUACUUGGUUUCACACAGCAAACAACCUUUGGACUUGGCAGAAGGGGUACAGAACACUCCAAGGUUUGCUUGGCUGAAGUCCAUUUUUGAAGCUGCUGAUGUUGAUGGGAAUGGUAUCAUGCUGGAAGACACAGCCGUUGAGUUGAUCAGACAACUUUCACCAGCCAUGAAGGAGGCAAAAAUCAGAUUAAAGUUUAAGGAGAUUCAAAAGAGUAAAGAAAAGCUUACCACCAGGGUUACCCAAGAGGAGUUUUGUGAAGCAUUUAGUGACCUUUGCACUAGGCCAGAGGUGUACUUUUUACUUGUGCAAAUUUCAAAAAACAAAGAAUAUUUAGAUGCAAAUGACAUGAUGCUAUUUUUGGAGUCAGAGCAAGGCAUGACCCAGGUGACAGAAGAAAUGUGUCUGGAUAUUAUACAGAAAUAUGAGGUAUCUCAAGAAGGAUGUUUAAAGGGAUUUCUCACUAUAGAUGGUUUUACUCAGUAUCUGCUGUCCCAGGAAUGUGAUAUAUUUGAUUCUAUCCACAAAAAGGUUAGUCAAGACAUGACACAGCCACUAUCACACUACUAUAUCAACUCUUCCCAUAACACAUACUUGAUAGAAGACCAAUUCAGAGGCCCUGCAGACAUUAAUGGCUAUGUGAGGGCACUUAAAAUGGCCUGCAGAAGCAUAGAGCUUGAUGUUAGUGAUGGACCAGACAAUGAACCAAUUAUUUGUAAUCGUAAUAGCAUGACAUCCCCACUUGCCUUUAGGAACGUUAUUGAAGUUGUCAACAAAUACGCAUUCAUUUCUUCUGAAUAUCCUCUUAUUCUUUGCAUCGGGAACCAUUGUUCAGUGCAACAACAAAAGGUAAUGGUUCAACACAUAAAGAAGAUUUUUGGGAGCAAGCUUUAUAUUGAAAAGCCUUUGCCAACUGAUUCCUAUCUGCCAUCUCCAGAGAAGCUAAGAAAGAAAAUUUUAGUUAAAGGUAAGAAAUUACCUUCAGAGAAUGAUCUUUUGGAAGGAGAAGUAACAGACGAGGAUGAGGAAGCUGAGAUGUCUCAUCGAAUGGCAGAUGACUACUUUGGAGAGCAGAGACUGAUCACACUUUGCAAGGAACUCUCCGACUUAGUGUCAAUUUGCAAAUCGGUGCAAUAUAGAGAUUUUGAUGUCUCCAUGAAAAGCCAAAACUAUGGGGAGAUUUGUUCUUUCAGUGAAAGCCAAGCCAGCCGUAUUGCUAAUGAGUAUCCAGAGGACUUUGUGAACUACAAUAAAAAGUUUCUGUCUAGGGUAUAUCCAAGUCCAAUGAGAAUAGACUCCAGUAACAUGAAUCCACAAGAUUUUUGGAAUUGUGGUUGCCAGAUUGUAGCAAUGAAUUACCAGACACCUGGACCAAUGAUGGAUCUCAACAUAGGUUGGUUCUUGCAGAAUGGAGGAUGCGGGUAUGUCCUUCGUCCAUCCAUAAUGCGAGAUGAAGUCUCUUAUUUUAGUGCAAACAACAAAGGUGUUGUCCCUGGUGUAUCCCCUCAGGUACUUCACAUCAAGAUCAUAAGUGGACAGAACUUUCCUAAACCCAAAGGUGCCUGUGCAAAGGGAGAUGUUAUUGAUCCAUAUGUUUGCAUUGAAAUUCAUGGGAUCCCUGCUGACUGUGCAGAGCAGAGGACUAAAACAGUACAGCAAAAUGGGGACAAUCCCAUUUUUGAUGAAAGUUUUGAGUUUCAGAUAAACCUUCCAGAAUUAGCUAUGGUCCGUUUUAUGGUUCUUGAUGACGACUACAUUGGAGAUGAAUUUAUUGGUCAGUACACAAUACCUAUAGAGUGCUUGCAGCCUGGGUAUCGACACGUGCCCUUGCGCUCAUUUGUUGGGGACACAAUGGAAUAUGCUAAACUCUUUGUUCACAUUGCCAUCACCAGCAGAGGAGGGGGAGGAAAGGCCCAGAAACGAGGCCUGACUGCUCGAAUAGGGAAGAAGGCCAGAGAGUACACAGUGCUGAGGAACACCGGUCUUAAAACCGUGGAUGAAAUCUUUAAACUUGCCAUUCAUCCAAUGAGAGAAGCCACUGAUGUCAGGGAAAACCUACAGAAUGCAUUGAUAUCCCUGAAGGAACUCUGUGGACUCCCAACAAGUUCAAGCCUCAAGCAGUGCAUGUUGUCACUUGCUUCACGUCUUGUCAAUAGCGAUAAUACGCCCUCGGUCUCUCUGAUUAUAAAAGAUACGUAUCCAUAUCUGGAGCCUGUAGGGACAGUUCCUGAUGUCCAGAAAAAGCUUCUCUCUGCUUACGAUAUGAUGAUACAAGAGAGCAAAUUUCUUAUUGAGGCUGCGGACGUAAUUCACAACAAACUCUUGCAGUGCCAGAAGACAGGGAUGGAAUUUCAUGAAGAACUCCAUAGUCUGGGGACAAAGGAAGGACUCAAGGGAAGAAAACUCAGUAAAGCCGUAGAAAGUUUUGCCUGGAAUAUGACCGUGUUAAAGGGUCAGGGUGAUCUGCUGAAGAGCGCCAAGAACGAAGCUACGGAGAACAUGAAACAAAUUAACCAGGCUUGUCUUGCUAGUGGUCUGGCCAAACCUGUACCUGCAAGUACGGCACCUGAUGCAAAGUCCAAGAGAGGGCUGGAAGCAAUAGAAGAGAAAGACACAGGGGAAGAAAAUGGCCGUCUGUGAAAAAUGGCAGAUUUAGUAGCAUUGGGCCUUCCAGGGCUGCUUCUAGAUUUUUAUGGGGUUGUCCUCCUACAGAUUUUAGUGCUAAUAACCUCUAUUAAAGUUAAUAUUUUAAUGUAUUCAUCAAACUCAUACAUAUAUAUUUUUUUAACAUGAAUGAGACACAAUUAACUUAAUUCAUGUGUGAGAGAACAAAAAGAAAGAGUAGUUUUAAACUAACGGGCACUUUAGAGCUUCAGGGAUUUUUUUUUUUUUUAAGGUAACAUACAACUUUGAAAGUACCAUUUCUUUUCUAGUACAUAUUUCAUACAUACGCAUGGGUCUAAUAAACAUUCAGUGGGAUACUAUAGGGGUUAUCCUAAAAUCAAAAAGGUUUCACUCAUUUGGUGGAAGCAGCCCUGAGGCCUUUACGUGGAUGACAAAGUUGUAUCAAAAUGUUUGUCUCUCAUUUAUUUUUCUGUUCCCAGCAGUGAUUUCAGUGAGUGCUGUGUAUAUGUAUGUCUUUGACAUUUAUAGGCAAAUUUACUACUUAGAGCUGUUAAAGACCCAUUCUGGGCCCCAAGGGGAUUUAAUAACAUAGUGUACUUAAAGAAUCUCUUUUAACUUUUCAACUUGUGUUAAGAAAUAACAUGGUAUUAACCCAAAAAAUAAUAAUCUAAUUAACAGAGGACUUGAACCAAACUAAUCUCUUGUACAAGCCCAGGAGAAGUGUAAAGAUCUCAGGUGAUAAGGAGCCAAAGGCUUCUGACUCUAGCUUACAAAUGCAGGUUUUUAAUGGGGACAUUUGCAACAAGGUUAUAUGACACUGUCGAGAUGUUUUGUACUUGUAAAAUCAUGAUCUAGUGUUCUAAGAAUUCCAUUCAUAAUUUCGUAAGAAUGAGCAGACCUUUCAGAGCGGGUCAGCAUUUUAAAAGCUCUUCAAUAAAGUUUGCAGGUGUACAGAAUUAUUGGAUACCCAGUUCUGUUCACCCCCCAAAUAAUGUUUUUAUUGCUUUGAGGAGUACAAAAAGAAAAGUGAAAAAUAGCUCAUCAAAAUAAUCUGUAAACCUGGUCAGCUCUGCUAACACACGUUACCAUCAUUACACAACAAUUUUGAAACUGAUUGUGGGAUUUUUGUUAUAAUCUUUAUAGCAGACGCAGAACAGUAUUGUAAACAAUGUAUGUUUGAAAUGUGUACAAAUGAUCAAACUUUAUUUUGAAGUAGAAUUGUGGCUAGGCUAUGUAUGAUAAACUUGAUUGGAAGUAUAUAGAUUAAAAAAAAAUUGUCAGA